CUCUGAAAGAAACUUUUUGUCUGAUUUCCUUUCAUGAACCCGGCAAUUUUAGACAGUGUCACGUUCAUGUAUCUUAAGUGACAUUCUUUGCAAUUCCACGUUGUCGUACUUGUGGUGCCAAAAUAUCCACCUUAGCCGGCCACUCAAACGCAGCACUCCCCGAUCACACCCCCACAUGACCACGACUUGAAGUGAGGCUGCAACGUUCAACGUCACUUCGAUACCACGAUGGCUGUUGCUUCGUCAAUCUACACUGAGAUAUCUGAAUGGGCCCUGCAGCAACGGGACCAUGAAGCUGCGCAUGGUCAACCUGCACCGCUUUCCCCAGCUCAGCGCAAGGCGCUUCAGGACUUGCAUAAUGCUAUAAGGCCAUCGCAAAUUGAACCUGAUAUCGGGGGCAUUGAUUGGGUCAGCUUGCUUCAUCGAUAUCGCAAUGCCUACCCAGACCCCAACUCAGGUGUCAUUUUCAAGGAAGAGCCCGUUGUCCCCUCAGCACCCCCGCGCUUCACCUGCUCCGUCCAAAUCAAGGAGAACAGCGCUCCCUUCCCGGGUCCCGGCACGGGCCUCAUCAACGACGCCGUGCCCUCCUUCGCCCGCAAGAAGGACGCGAAGCAGUACGCGGCCAAGUGUGCCAUCGAGUGGCUCAAGAUGAAGAAGUUCAUCCCCGAUAACACCGAGGACAUGACCUUCAAGAAGCCCAAGGCGUCAUCGACGAAUAGUAAUAUUCCCACCAUGACGACAACAACACCUGCGACAUCCCAGCAGCAGCCGGCCGCUAAGAAGCAGCGCCGGAUACCACCCACGCCGCCGGAAGCCAGGGUCAUGACUCAGAACCCCAUGGGUCUGGGAGAUGGAGCUAACGGCAACAAACCCUUUAGCAACGGGGGCGAGCUCUCGGCCUUGUCGCUUGUGGAGCAGUACUGCAAGAAGCUCGGCAUCCAGGCGCCCCGUUAUAACCUGGCCGAGCAGGAGAUCCGCGGAUUCUGGUGCGGAAGUCCUGAGUUCGAAGUUGUCGACACGCAGCGUCUGAAGUUCCCGCCCGAUAUGGGGCAUGUGAAGGAUAUCCUGGGCAAGAAACACGCCAAGGAGCUCAUGGCGGACGAAGUGCUGAGGCAUCUGCAGAGGGUGUACGACGAGCGGCAGGAGACGAUACGGCGGGUUUUAGCGAACUUGGGCGCCAACAGUUCUAUUGGACAGAAUGUAGGCUGAAUAAAAUGCCAAUCGUAUGACCAUGUCUGUCGAAGAUUUCGAGAAGAAUAACGGUCUUGAGCUGGAAUGGUCAGACGAUGUGUUCUUGGAAUGAUAGUGUAUGCCUGAAAGUCCGGUACUGUUGCUUCUACGGAGCAUUCUCAAUGAACUGUGCAGUUCAGGAAUCGGCUGAGCGAGCUGGCUACUCCCGAAUACCGGAGAAACAGUUUGAGAUGGAGCAAGUCGCCAUUUCUUUGCAUAGAAUUAUAGACUUACGUGUGUUGAAAGCCGAUGCGAGGGAAUCAGCCACCCGAAAUUUUGUUAUGCAAGAACAUCAUGCAAACGUGAAACGGCAAGUAACGAAUGUAGGAUAUUCACCCACACGCGGCUAGACAUGGAUCAAUAC